AUGGUGAACGCGCUGACGGGCGGGUCGACGCAAGACGCUCUCCGCGGCAGCAAGCUGCCGCGCAGCGAGGGGCGCGGAUUCGCCGCCAUGGCCCGCGUGGUGGUCGCCGCCGGCAGUGCUGCUGCGGCGCUCAUGCUGCUUGCACCGAGAGUGGCGCAGUGGGCGCGAGCAGCGCGGCCGGCGCAAGGCCGGCUAAACCCUACGCGCGCACUGCACGCCGCCGCCGGCACUGCCGGCAGGGACGGCGGCAAACGAGGGCUGGCCACCCAGAGCAGUGACGAGGAGGGUAGGGCGGGGCGGCAGCUGGAAAGUGGGGAGCGGGAGCAGAGGUCGAGGGAGCGGCAGGGAGAAGGGGCAGCAGCAGCAACAGGGGGAGAAGUGGGGGAUGUGGAGAGGUCGGGCAUGGAGGGCGGUGGAGGGGAAGGGCCAGUGGCGGCGCCGGGACCGAUGGAGAUGCUGGCGCGCGGGGUGGCGUGCAUCCAGGCGAACCUGGGCCCGUGGUCCGUGUCCGACCUAACCCUCGGCCUCACCGUCAUGGCCAAGGUCGCCCUGCCCUGCCCCUCCUCUGCUGCCACCCCCACUUGCCACUGCCACCCAACCUUGUCCUGGCUCCACGUGACGGCAAAGCGCCCCCCUCCCCCACCGCGUGGGCGAGUGGUGGCGCCUGCGGAGGCGGGUGUGGCGCGCCUGGUGGAGCUGCAGCGCCUGAGGGCGCACGCCGAGGCUGUGUACUCGGGGGACAGCGCCUCCUGGUCGCUGCAGGUCACCUCUCCACCGCCCUCUUGCCCAACCCAACUCAGUCGCACAAAACGUGUUGCACAUAGGGACUCCCAUUCUCUCCUCUCCCUUUUCCUCCGUCCCCGUGCACAGACGUGUCUGCCGGAGUCGGCCAUAGUGCAUGCGCAGUGGCAGCCGCACAACCAGCGGGUGCGCCCGGCGUUUGUGGUGUGCGUGGACGCGCAGCUGGGGGCCGUGGUGGUGGCUGUCAGAGGCACCUCCGACACCGCUGACAUGCUCGUCAAUGCCGGCACCUUUCCACACGAUUUCCUGGGCGGCAAAGUGCACAGUGGCUUUCUGCACGCCUCGACACAUUUGCUCCACCCCACACUUGCCUGGCCUGCUUUGGUCCUGCAGCAUGACAAGUGCGCAGAGCUGAACUGUCACCCUCUCUUACGUGUGCCUCCCUUGUGGCCGUGCAGUGAGGCCCGGGACCACAUCGAGCACGCACUGCGCACGUGGCAUGGCAUGCCGGUGCGGCGCCUUGUGUUUGUGGGGCACAGCCUGGGCGCGGCUGUGGCCAUCUUGGCAGGCAUGAUGCUGCGGCAUGAGAACAACCGCCUGCACGCGCACCCUCAUGCACAGGGCAGCGCAGGUCAUGGCGAGGCAUCAAGAGAGAGCAUGCAUGCUGUGACAGGUGCCAACCACUCUCAUGCUGCUCCCGCCAAGCGUGGUGGUAGGCGUGGUGGCAGGGGGCGGAGGUCGGAAGGGCGGCAGCAGGAGAGGAGGUGGGGGGACAGGGAGUCAGAGGAGCUGCAGGAGGCAGCGGCGGAAGCAGUGGUGGGAGCAGGGAGGGGGUUGGAUGGUGUGGAGGUGCAGUGUGUGGGGUACGGUCCGCCUGCAUGCAUGACUUUGGACUUGGCCCAGCAGUGCACCUCCUUUGUCACCUGUGUGCUACUGCAGCACGACUUAGUGCCUCGGUAUGUGCAUCUCUUGCCCAUACGCCUCUACUAUAUGGUUUCCCACACGCGCCUGCUUGUCCGUGUGUGCCUCCCAUCCCAUGCCCUCGUCCGCCCCACCACUGCCUCCUAUGGACCCCUGUUUGCCACUGGCAGGUUCUCUCUGGCCAGUGUCGAGUUGCUGCGGCAGGCCAUCAGCACGUUUGACUGGGACCAUGCGGAGGCUGUGCUGGGGUGGCAUGACGAGGACUGGCAGCGCGUCAAGGCGGCCAGGGACCUGCUCACGCGCCUCAAGGACCUGCAGAGCACCGCCGUGGGGGCAGCGGCAGCCGUGCAGGGGACUGCAUUGUUGGCGGCAGCAGCAGUGCAGCAGUCAGCGGCAGGUGUAGCGGCCUCCGUGCAGCAGUCACCACUGCUGGGGGCUGCAGUGGGGGCGGCUGGAGCAGUGCAGAGCCAGGCAAUGGGUGCGGCAGCAGCGGUGCAGGGAGCUGCGGUGGCAGUGACGGGGGCGGCAGUUGGGCUGGGUGGCAAGGCACAGGAGCUCCAGCAUGUGGUGGCGGAGAGGGUCCCUGAGAUCGUGGCAGAUGCCAUUCCACAAGGGGUGGUUGAGCUCGUGGGGGGCGCAAGGGCGAAGCAGCAGGAGAAUGGUAGCAAGGGGCAAAAGGGGGGGGCGAAUGAGGGGCAGUUAGGCAAGGUGAUGCGUGGAAGCGAUGGGCAGUCAAGGAGUGGGCAAGGUGUGGAUGAUGUGGUUGAGGAGGAUGGGGCAGAGAGUGGUGAAGGGGAUGGCAUGAAAGCAGGGGGGGGGAAGAGAGCGGAAGAGGCAGGGGAGGACUGGCAGGCAGAUCAAGAGUGGGUGGAGGCGCAACCCAUGGAGAGUGGGGCGGAUGCCAUUGGCUCUUGUAGCGACAGUGGGGAAGGCGGUAACAGUAACGACGCUGGGGAAGCUGGAAUGGAGGCUAUGGUGCAGAGAGGUGAGUGCAACGAUGAGGGAAGUGGCGUGGAGAGAAGUAAGGUGGCGGAAGCAGUGGACAGCAACGAGGAUGGGAGCACUGCGGGGAGAGAGGGUAAAAAUGAGGAGCGGGCUGAAAAGCCAGAGAGUGCUCAUGAGAAGCGGCAGCAAGAGGAUUUUGCGCCACCCCUUUACCCCCCUGGUCGUCUGCUGAUGCUGUGCUGCGACCCCCCUGGUUGUGGCCAUCGCCCCACCACUCGCAAGGAAGUGCACCCGCAGAGGCAGUUUGGUGUGUUCCCCUCGCACGAGGAGGUGGCGGGAGGUGACAUGCGGUGGCAGGUGGUGGAGGUGCAGCAGGAGGCGGUGCGCGAGAUAGUGGUGUCGCCGUGGUGCAUCAGCGACCACAUGCCAGGCACCAUGGGCGAGGGGCUCAACUGGAUCAUGGCACAUGUGGGGGACGGCGAACGGGGCAGGGUGGAAGGCGGGAGGGACAAUGGUGAACGGGGGGUAAGGAAGCGGGAAGAGUAG